CUGUUCUGUUUCGACUUUUUGACAGAUCGCUCGAACAUGUGCUGCUCAAAAUUCAAAGUGCUGCAUAGUUUUCUUGAAAAAUAGUGCUAAAAUUAUCCAUAAUUCGAUUAGUUUACGCUUGAGUUGUUGCUUUGAUUUGUUGUCGUGCCAAAGUGUUGAAGUUCCGUUCAAUUACGAUAAUUAAGGUGCAUAAAAAUAUUCGAUAAGAAUUCGCAAUCAACGAAACCAUCACGGGCUGAACCUUUUCGAAGCGGAAUAGUGGACAGUGUGUGCAAACCGAGAUGACGAUCGACCAAAACUUGGAUGUCAAUUUGGACCCAACCAAUUUGCAGUUUUCCGUGUUCAGCUCGCAGGACAUCAAGCGGAUCAGUGUGACGAAGAUUGUGACGCAGCGGUCGUUCGACGAGCUGGGCCAUGCCAUUCCCGGCGGGCUGUACGACGCGGCGAUGGGCCCCAGCGGCCAAGGCGAGGUGUGUGCCACCUGCGUGAAGGACAUCAACCAUUGCGAUGGGCACUUCGGGCACAUCGAGCUGUACGUGCCGGUCUUUAAUCCGUUUUUCAUGAAAACGGUGUACAAUUUGUUGCGGAUCAUGUGUACGGAUUGCUACCGGCUGCAGAUCCACGACUCGACGAAGAGCUUGCUGGAGCUGCAACUGCAGCUGGUGGACGCCGGUUACAUUGUGGAGGCGGAGGAAAUGGAGGUGUUUAAGCAGAAGGUAGCAAUGGCUCCAGUUUCGGAGAUGCCGGAGGAGGUUGCGUACUACACCGAGUUGCUGAUGAAAUAUCCUUACAAUAAACUAGGAAACACGAAGAACUCGGAGGCUAUUCGAAAUGCAAUCGUUAAUGUUACGUUGAAAGAUUGUAUUAAAAAGCUGUGCAUCCACUGCAAGUCUCCGAUACGAAAGUGUCGAAUGUCGAAUAAGAGACUGGCGUUCAGUAUGACCCGUACUGAAAUGAGGGCAUUUUAUGAAAAGAAGGGCUUGAACGAUGUGGAGGACGAAAAAACAAAAGCCACGAACAAGAUCAUCUUUGCCGAGGAAUGUCAACGCUAUCUCUACGAGUUGUACACGAACGACGGUGCGUUGUUGAAUCUGCUCUUCCCGAUUCUGAAGCACAGCGCCCAAUCAAUGAAGCAUCCGGUGGAUAUGUUUUUCAUGGAUGUGGUCCCGGUGCAACCUCCACUGGUGCGUCCCGUUCGUCGUGUCGAUGGUAUGGAGAUCCUGGAACACCAACAGACCUCAAUCCUACGCAACAUACUGAUGGCGAAUGCUACGCUACGAGCGAUUCUCGUUAUGCAAAAGAAGGAAGAUGGAGUAGGAAACGAAGAUAGCAACACCACGACUCAAGUGGCGACAGAGAUAAAGAAGGUCUUUGAUUCGGCCAAGGGUGGUUCGGGUUAUGAGAAGUUGUACAAUGCUUGGAUUGAACUGCAGACUAAUGUCGACAUGUCUUUGGAUAUCAACAUGGCUGUGGACAGGAGCAAGGCCAGAGGUUGCGGUUUGAAACAGAUUAUCGAAAAGAAAGAAGGCUUGGUAAGAAUGCACAUGAUGGGAAAGCGAGUAAACUACGCCGCUCGAACGGUGAUAACUCCGGAUCCGAACAUAGGAGUCGAUGAAAUUGGGAUACCAAUCACGUUUGCGAAACGGCUGACAUAUCCAGUUCCGGUGACUUCAUGGAAUGUCGCAGAAUUAAGAAAAAUGGUACUGAACGGCCCUGAUACUUACCCUGGGGCAAACAUGCUCGAAGAUUCGAACGGACAGCUGAGCAAGAUUUCGGCUUUGAACGUAACCCAAAGAGAGUCCGUUGCCAAGACUUUGUUAACACCCCAUAGCUCAAAUGAUCAAGGCGUCAAGAUCGUCCAUCGGCAUUUGUUGAACGGAGAUGCGCUGCUUUUGAACCGACAACCAACUCUCCAUCGACCCAGUAUCAUGGCCCACAAGGCGAAGAUUUUGAGCGGUGAGAAGAUCUUCCGUCUGCACUACUCAAACUGCAAGUCUUACAACGCCGAUUUCGAUGGCGAUGAAAUGAAUGCCCACUUUCCGCAAAGCGAGCUGGGACGCAGCGAAGCGUACAACCUCGUUGCCGUUCCGCACCAAUAUCUCGUUCCGAAAGACGGUACUCCACUAGGAGGCUUGAUCCAGGAUCACAUUGUGUCCGCCGUAAAAAUAUUCAUCAGAGGGAAGUUCUUCAACCGCGACGACUACCAGCAGCUGGUCUUCCAAGCCUUGUCCAACCAUCGCGGAGACAUCGAUCUACUCCCACCGACGAUUCUGAAGCCUGCAAAACUUUGGUCCGGCAAACAGAUCAUUUCCACGAUCAUCAAAAACAUAAUCCCCAGAAAAAUGCCACACAUCAACAUGAUCGCAACGGCCAAACUCGGCAAUAAGCACUGGCAAACGGAACCUGCUUGCGAAUGGAAGGCUGGAGGCACUCCCUUAACCGGAAACCAAAUGUCCGAAUCGGAAGUGAUCAUUCGUAACGGAGAACUUCUUGUUGGGAUCCUGGACAAGAACCACUUCGGUGCAACCCCGUACGGUCUGGUUCACUGCAUGUACGAACUCUACGGUGGAAACUGUUCCACUCUACUAUUAUCAUCCUUAUCGCGACUGUUCACAUACUACCUUCAAUGGGAAGGCUUCACGCUCGGCGUCAAGGACAUUCUGGUACAGAAAACAGCCGACAAAAAACGUGCCAAAAUCAUCAAAGCUUGCCGAGAGAUCGGACACGAGACGGCUGCGUCAGCUUUGGAUCUCCCUCCGAACACACCCGCCGAUGAGUUGAACUCGAAAAUGGAGGAAGCCUACGCCAAGAAUCCUCGAUUCCGGACGAUCCUCGAUCGCAAAUUCAAAACCGCCUUGGACACCUUCACCAACCAAAUCAAUGAGGCGUGCCUUCCAGCCGGUUUGAUUUCCAAAUUCCCAGAAAACAACCUCCAGUUGAUGGUACAAUCCGGAGCAAAAGGUUCCACCGUCAACACGAUGCAAAUCUCCUGUCUACUGGGACAGAUCGAACUGGAAGGAAAGCGACCCCCGCUGAUGAUCUCCGGCAAGUCGCUCCCAAGUUUCGCCAGCUUCGAAACCUCCCCCAAGUCGGGAGGCUUUAUCGAUGGGCGAUUCAUGACGGGCAUUCAACCGCAGGACUUCUUCUUCCAUUGUAUGGCCGGCCGAGAAGGCUUGAUCGAUACCGCCGUGAAGACCAGUCGUUCCGGAUAUCUGCAGCGUUGUUUGGUGAAGCAUCUCGAGGGGUUGAACGUCCACUACGACAUGACCGUGCGCGACAGCGACAACAGCAUUGUCCAGUUUAUGUACGGAGAGGACGGCAUGGACAUCUCCAAGGCACAGUUCAUUGAAACCGAGAAGCAUUUGAAUUUCCUGGAUCUGAAUCGCGACGUGAUCGUUCGACCGGAGAUCAAGAAGUUGUUGGCAAAUGAUGACGAUCUGAACGAUCAAAUCAAGAAACACGUGAAAAAGAUGAAGUCCUGGCGUAAAAAGCAUGGAGACCAACGGGAUAAGACUCGAGUUUCUCCUUUCGCUAAUUAUUCUUCUGAGCACAGUGAAGAAAUACGUGCCGAGAUGUCGGAUCCGGAUCGAUUGAAAUCGAAAUCGGGACGCACUCGACUCACUGAAAAAAUAGUCAAGAAAUGGCGCAAAGAAGACGUGACCGUGAGGAACAAAUACAUUAAAAAGAAUUCUUCCUGCCCGGAUCCAACCUUUUCGCUGUUUCGUCCGGAUAGCUGCUUCGGUGCCAUGUCCGAGCACCUCGAGCAACUUGUGCAAGGUUACAACCGUUCGCAAAGCCCCCUAAACGACAUGGACGAACUGAUGAAGGUCAAACUUAGCGGGGCGCUUGCGGCGCCCGGUGAACCAGUCGGUUUGUUGGCAGCGCAGUCCAUUGGGGAGCCCUCCACUCAGAUGACCCUGAACACGUUCCACUUUGCCGGUCGUGGUGAAAUGAACGUAACGCUCGGUAUUCCACGUUUGCGUGAAAUUCUUAUGAUGGCCUCGCAGCGCAUCAAGACGCCCUCGAUGGAGAUUCCCUUCCGCACGUUCAAGAGUCAGAAAAAGUUGCACUCGGCGGCGGAACGGAUACGGAAGACGCUCAACCGCGUGACGGUUGCUGACGUGCUCGAGGACAUCGACGUGCAGUCCCGAUUGGUUUUGCGCCCUUUCCGCGGAAUGCAGCACACGGUGCGGUUCACUUUCCUGCCAAAGGACGCCUACUCGCACGACUACCGGGUGGAACCGAGCGAGAUCCUCAAGUACAUGUCCGGAAGCUUCUUCAAGUACAUGUUCCGCAUGAUUUUCCGGUCCGCUAAGAGCAAGAAUGUUCUAAUCGAAAUCGAGCAGGAAGCCAAAGCCAAACAGAGCGUACCAACCGAGAACGACGAAGUCGUGGAUAACCAAGAACCUAACAUGUCCACCCGGCUGGAGGAAGACCCGGACGACAGCUCGGAUGAUGAUGCCGGCGACAACGAUGGAGAUGCCGAUGCGACGGAUUCCAAGCUGAAGAACAAGAAAAGCGACGAGGUGGGCUACGAUUCGGAAGAUGAUGACGACGACGAUGAUGAAGACAAAGACGAGAACGAUCUGCCAGAUGCCGGAGAGAACAGCAAGCAGACGGGAGAAGGGGACCCCAAUAACCAGGAAAACGAGGAGAAUGAAGUGAUCAAUGAGGAGGACAUGGAGGAAAACCUUGGCGAUGUCGAUACCGCGCUGGAUUUCGAAACAAUAAAGUUGCAUGUCAUGAAGACAAACGAAGUGGUUCGUGAUUUUAUGUUCGACAGGAAACAUCAUCGUUGGUGCCAGCUGACGUUCCACAUGCCUUUGAAGUAUAAGAACAUUGACUUUACGAAAAUUUUGAAAGAGAUUGCCGAGAAGUGCGUUGUGUGGACGGUUCCCAACAUUCGUCGUGCCAUCACCUACGUCCAAAACGAUCAACUGUACUUGAAAACGGACGGAAUCAACAUCUCCGCGAUGACCAAGUUCUACAAGAGUCUGGACCUGGAUCGGAUCUACUCGAACGACAUCUACGCCGUCUCGCAGAUCUACGGGAUCGAAGCGGCUGCGCGGGUUAUCGUGAAGGAGGUUCAGAAUGUGUUCAAGGUUUACGGCAUCACGAUUAACCCGCGGCAUUUGUUGCUGGUGGCGGACUACAUGACCGCCGAUGGGACGUUCAAACCGAUGAGCCGCAAAGGCAUGGAGAGCAACGUGUCACCACUGCAACAGAUUUCGUUCGAAUCGUCGAUUCAGUUCCUGAAGGCGGCUGCACUGAAGGGAAUCGGAGACCACUUGGAUUCGCCGUCCUCGAGAUUGAUAGUGGGGCAACUGUGCAAAAGUGGAACCGGGGCUUUCUCCGUGUAUAGUAAGCUGUAGGGAACGGCUUAGUGGUCGAGUGUUGUUGCUGUUUGGGUGUUAAGGUUGAUAAAUUUAAAUAAAUUGAUACAUGAUUUAUUUAUAAGAA